AUGUGUUUAGUCAAGCGAACAAAACGUAUUGUUGGUGACGCUGAACGAUCUCAAACAACCACAUACUACUGUUCUCGAAGCCGCAACGGUCGCACAUGUAGCCUCACGCGCUACGAAGACGUCGAGAAACGGUAUCAGGAGUCGUCCAAAGUCGUAUCCCCCGAAACCCCACGUCGUCGUCAGUCAACAACCAAAACAUCAAAAGACAGUAUCUGGAAAGUCUUGAGUGGUCCAUUCUCCAAAGAGAGAACCGGAAAGGCGCACGACGAUCAGGCCCGUAGCCAUAGAGACCAACAGGCUACCAGUCAUCCUCAAGCGCAACCGCCACUGUCGACUCAACCUGACCCCAUGCGCGAUCCUUUUCGACCUCCAGAGCAAGCCGAUCACAGAAGGAUCGUCAGUACUCCGUUGGUCAUUGAUAGAUCACCUAGAGAAACAGUUGAGUGGGUUCGACCUGCGACAGCACCCGCUCCUAGGCCGGCCAGGCCUCCAAGACCGAGAACUCCAGUGGAAGAGCGUCCUCGGGUGAGGCAGCAUCCGGUCUAUGUUCACCAAAAUGAGCCGGGGGCAGAAAGACAUCCAAUCUCUAUACACCAACUUGAGCCCGAACCAGCCAGGCGGCACCCAGUUUCUAUACAUCAAACUGAAUCGGACCCAGUGAGAAUCGAGAUGACUGGUGGCCGGCGACCAGAAAGUGACCUUGAUGAUCAUUUCUCCACCUUUGCUACUUUUCCUUCUUCCUCUUCCUCUUCUUCGUCUGAAGUAGUAACGGAGUUUGAAGAAGAUGAGUCAUAUGAAAACGAUACAAUCGACGAGCCCUAUCGACCUCGACCUCGAACUCCAGAGGUGGAAGGCACAUUACGCCGCCGACGAGAUCGUGAGUACCUCAAUGCUCGACUAGAAGCUCUUCAGGCACAACGCCGUAUGGAAGAUGCAAUUCGAGAGCGGAGGGAAAUUGAAAAUCUGGCCAAUGACGUGCGUCAUGUGUUGAUAAGCGGCCGCGCUGGUGGUGCUGGCGCUGGUACCUUGACACGGCGUCCUACAAACACAGUCAGGGAAAGUAGACCGAUGAUAACAGCACCGCCAGAAAGAGCAGGAGACACAGCGGAAGACAUGGGAGGCUUCCGCCGCCACUCGACCGUUAUUGCACGACGGAACUUUACUCCUCCAUCAUACGUGAUACAAGAAGAGAAUCGUCGUGUGAGAGAGGAGAGCGAGAGAGUUAUUGAGAAUGCGCGCGCUAGGCGCAACACGCAGGACCCCCUGGAUCCUGCUCCCUUUCUUCGCGAGAGACAUGGUGGAAGUAACUGGAGGCAAUCCUACUACCGAUAA